AGGAACGAAAUUACUCCUACGGAACGCGAGGCGAAGGAACGUUUCCCUCACGGACCCGGCGUUCCGUCCCCUCAGGGACACUCACGACGCUUCCGGUCGGUUGUGAGAGAGAAGUUUUGGAUCCCGGCUGGGGCUUCCCUGAGGCAACGGCUUGUGAGGGAGUCCUUUUUCGAGAAAGCCGGUCAAAAAACUGAGGGGAAAAACGAGAGGAAAGCCCCGCCGCCAUCAUGUUUUCCUUCAACAUGUUCGAUCAUCCUAUCCCACGAGUCUUUCAGAACCGCUUCUCCACGCAAUACCGCUGCUUCUCGGUGUCCAUGCUUGCUGGCCCUAAUGACAGGUCAGAUGUGGAAAAAGGCGGGAAGAUAAUUAUGCCACCCUCUGCUUUGGAUCAACUCAGCCGACUUAAUAUCACCUAUCCUAUGUUGUUUAAACUAACAAAUAAAAAUUCAGACCGUAUGACUCACUGCGGUGUGCUCGAGUUUGUGGCUGACGAGGGGAUUUGUUACCUUCCACAUUGGAUGAUGCAAAACUUGCUUCUAGAGGAAGGGGGCCUGGUGCAAGUCGAGAGCGUAAACCUUCAGGUAGCGACGUACUCAAAGUUCCAGCCCCAGAGUCCGGACUUCCUCGAUAUCACCAACCCCAAAGCUGUAUUAGAAAACGCCCUGAGGAAUUUUGCUUGUCUAACCACCGGAGAUGUUAUUGCCAUCAACUACAAUGAAAAGAUUUACGAGCUGCGAGUGAUGGAGACAAAACCUGACAAAGCUGUGUCCAUCAUCGAGUGUGACAUGAAUGUAGAUUUUGAUGCACCUUUGGGUUACAAAGAACCAGAAAGACAGGCACAGCAUGAAGAGCCCACAGAUGUAGAAGCAGACCACAGCGGCUACGUUAGUGACCUGGGAUUCCGUGCAUUUUCAGGAUCUGGGAACAGGCUGGAUGGGAAAAAGAAAGGCGUUGAACCAAGUCCUUCUCCAAUUAAACCAGGAGACAUUCGAAGAGGGAUUCCUAACUAUGACUUCAAAAUUGGCAAGAUCACAUUCAUCAGGAAUUCACGGCCACUGGUCAAAAAAACAGAGGAGGAUGAUUCCGGAAGCCGCUUCAUUGCAUUUUCAGGAGAAGGCCAGUCUCUUCGCAAGAAAGGAAGAAAACCUUAAAUCCUGGAUCCCCUGGCUGAGAGACAAUAAAAUAAUGCUGCGGCGUCUCUGACA